UUUUAAAAUAUUACUCUGAGAAACCUCAGCGGAACUCUCUCACAAGACAUCUUCCUUCCAUGGUCAUAUUUUCACUUAAUCUUCUCCAAGACACCUCUCUCUUUGGACUCGACUAAAAGUCGAAGCGAAGUGAAAGGCAAAGUUUUUAUUCCCUUUUCCCUUCCCCGUUUAUAGUUUCUGCCGAAAAUGGGAAGCGAAGAUAAUGUGAAGCAUCUUGAAGACUGCUCCGUUUCCAAUGCAUUGGGCACUUGGGUGUUCUCAGUUGCAGGAGCAUUGCUGGCUAUACCAGUUGGGAUAAAGCGCAAAUCUCUGGCACCCCUUGUAUUUUUUGGCACCACAGGUACUAUGUUGGACAUUAUUAUGGGGAUCACUGCAUGCGAAAGGGAACACGCAGAGCGCCAAAUGAAGUUACUUGAAGCACAAAAUGCUGCUGCCGAGUCUUCUUUGGGUGAAACAGAAAUUGAUUCAUAAGCCGCAAUCUUGAAGUUUUCAGCAUUGUCAAACUUGUUUGGGCAUGAUUGUAACAAACUAAAUGCACUUUUCUGGUAGCCCCUAGUCAAAUAUUCUUCGACUUGAUGCUUUUUGUUAUCCUUUUAUGGUUUUUCCUCCGGCGGUGUUUACAGAAGAAGCUGGAUAUGAUGGAUUUCUGUGUUAAUUCAUAAAGAUUUCAGGAAUGUUUGAUUACAAUAAUGGUAUUUAAAAAACGCCCUUCUUAGAUUCUUUUUGGGACUUUUGAGCGGCAAGCUGUACAUGAAUAAUUGGAGCAGUGUACUCCUUAUUUUGUUUUAUAAAAUUCCAGUUUACCUUGAUCA